AUGAAAAAGAAAUAUGAAGGCAAUGCUAGAGUGAAGCGCUUGACUCUACAAGCCUUGAGAAGAGACUUUGAAACUCUUGAGAUGAAGGUUGGUGAAAUGAUUAUUGAUUAUUUUGCUAGUGUCAUGUCAGUAGCAAACAAGAUGAGAGUGUAUGGGGAGGCUAUGACUGAUAUUACGGUUUGUGAGAAGAUUCUUAGAUCCCUCACCGACAAAUUUAAUUAUAUAGUCUGUUCGAUUGAGGAGUUUAGGGACAUGGAUACACUCACUAUUGAUGAGCUUCAAAGCUCACUCAUUGUGCAUGAGCAAAAGUUUCACAGGAGCAGUGGCAUUGAGCAAGCUUUGAAGGUGACAACUGAUGAAAGAGUUGGAGGCAGAGGUUGUGGAAGAAGCAAUUACAGAGGAAGAGGUCGUGGAAGAAGAGGUCAGGCAUUCAACAAAGCUGAGGUGGAAUGCUUCAAGUGUCACAAUCUUGGACAUUUCCAGUAUGACUGUCCAAAGUGGGAUAAGGAGGCCAAUUACACAGAAGUGAAUGAAGAGGAUGAGAUGCUUUUGAUGUUAUAUGCUGAAUCACAUGAGGUGAAAUGGAAUGAUGCAUGGUUCCUUGACUCGUGGUGUUCCAAUCAUAUGUGUGGUAAUCGAGGAAAUGUGAAGCUGCUAUUGAAUGGAGUUAACUAUGUUGUACAUGAAAUGUACUAUGUUCCAGAGCUCAAAAAUAAUCUCUUAAGCAUAGGAAAACUUCAAGAAAGAGGCUUGGCAAUAUUGAUUAAAGAAGAAGUCUGUAAAAUCUAUCAUCCGAUGAAGGGCUUGAUUAUUCAAACUAUGAUGAGUGUAAACAGAAUGUUUAUAUUGCUAGCUCAGACUCCAGCCCCUACAAAUGCUCAGCCAGAAAGAUGUCUUCAUACAAGCUCUCAAGAUCUCUCUUCCCUUUGGCAUCAACGAUAUGGCCACUUGAGUUACAGAGGUUUGAGAACCUUGCAAAACAAGAAGAUGGUUCAUGGACUUCCUCAGUUUCAAGCUUCAAACACAACAUGCACGGAUUGCAUUGGCAAACAACACCGAGAUGACAUACCAAAGAGAAGCAUGUUUAGAGCAAGUCAGCCAUUGGAGCUCAUUCAUGAAGACAUUUGCGGGCCUAUUUCCCCUAUAUCCAAUAGUAGCAAGAGGUGCCCGACAUUGGCAGUGAAGAAUGUCACACCACAAGAGGCGUGGAGUGGAUUAAAGCCCUCAGUUGAGCAUUUUCGGGUUUUUGGAUGCAUAGCUCAUGUUCACAUUCCAUAUGCAGAAGAGGAAGAAAAACAGUGGGAUUGGGGAGUGAAUUUUGAGGCGCAAAUUUUGUUAGACUUGGAGUGGGGAGAGAAUGAAGAAAACAAUGAGGGUGAAGAAAGGGUGAGUGAAAAUGGAGAUGAAGAUGGCAAUGAUGAUAGAGGGGAAAUAAGUGAGAGUGAGGGCAGUGAAGAAGCACGGGGGAGAGUGAGACGUCCUCCUCUUUAUUUGAACGAUUAUGUUAGUGGAGAAGGUUUAAGUGAAGAUGAGGCACACAUGGCACAAGUUGUGGCAACUGAAGAUCCUUUUCAUUUUGAAGAAGCAGUGAGGAAUGUGAAGUGGAGACAAGCUAUGGACAGUGAGAUCAACUCCAUUGAAAAGAACAAGACAUGGACAUUAACUGAGUUGCCUGCUGGAGCUAAAAAGAUCGGUUUCAAGUGGGUUUACAAGACCAAGUACAAUGAGCAUGGGGAGAUUGACAAGCACAAGGCACGCUUAGUAGCCAAAGGCUACUCAUAG